ACGGUUUGUCGUCGCGACGCCUCCUCUGUUUCCAUUUCUUCCCCUGUCUUUGUUCGACGCUACUAAUGAUGUUCGAAAAAUUUCCUGAUUAGGCACUCACGUGCUCAAGUUCGACAUCCACGGAAGGCUCGGGAUGAUCAGCCACGCCGUGCUAGAAAAGUACAACAGCCUCGCGCCGUAUCAGAAUCACGACUACCACAUGUUCGAUUUCAGCCAAGAAAGUAUUAGUAGCAUAAAGGAAUUCUUGAUUCGAUACUGCGACGAUCGUAAACGCGAAGGCUACUUCAUGCUGCAGGAUCCGCUCUCCAGCUUCUACGACGCGUUAUGCGUUGGAAUCGACGACAGCAGCGGCAAAAAUCAUUCGAGAGAGGAAAUCCCGGAUCAAUACGAGUACAUGGAAAACGGCAUAAGACCGAGUAAGAGCUUCAUAGCAUCGCAGUGCAGAGGGAGAGGACGGGGAAGAUGAAGGUGAGAGAUUUGGCGCCGUAUUUCCAUCUUCCGAUCAACAAUGCGGCUAAAGAAAUGAACAUAUGUCCCUCCGCCGUGAAGAGUAUUUGUCGAAAGGAAGGGUUACUCAGGUGGCCUUACAGAAAGAUUAAGAGCAUCGAAAGUAAGAUAUUGAGGAAGCAACAAUGUCUGAAUUCUUCGAAUGAUCACAACGAGAGAACUUCCGCCAUUGCAGAAAUUCAAGAGCUUCAGCAAAAACUCACCAGA